UGUUUCAAUUUCUCUGGUCUGUGUACAGCCACUCUCUUCUCGACCCCUGUCUGCAGGUGUUCUCUGUUGCGGCCAUUUGCUGUUUCACAGCUGAACAUGGAUGCCUUGCCUGUGAAAGAGCUCGCGGCCUGGAUCGAAUGUCUUAGCGAUUGCAAGCCCUUGACGGAGCAAGACGUCAAAAGACUUUGCUUAUUGGCAUGCGAAAUCCUGAGAGAAGAAGAUAACGUUCAAGCCGUCAGCUGUCCUGUCACGGUGUGUGGCGACAUUCACGGCCAAUGGAGCGAUCUCAUUGAACUUUUCAAGAUCGGCGGAAACCUGCCAGACACGAACUAUUUGUUCAUGGGAGAUUAUGUGGAUCGGGGAUACUAUUCUGUGGAAACAGUGUCCUUAUUGGUUUGCCUGAAAAUAAGAUACAGAGAUCGUAUCACGAUACUACGCGGCAAUCACGAGAGCAGACAAAUUACUCAAGUUUAUGGUUUCUAUGACGAGUGUUAUCGAAAGUAUGGUUCUGCCAACGUCUGGAAGUAUUUUACAGACAUGUUCGACUAUCUCCCUCUCACAGCAUUGAUUGAUACUAGAAUUUUCUGCCUGCACGGAGGUUUGUCUCCUCACAUAGAAACGUUGGAUGGUAUUCGAAUGCUGGACCGCGUUAGAGAAGUUCCGCACGAGGGGCCCAUGUGCGAUUUGCUUUGGUCGGAUCCGGACGACCGAAAUGGGUGGGGCAUGUCGCCGAGAGGGGCUGGAUACACGUUCGGGCAGGAUACGUCCAAACAAUUUAGCCACGUCAAUGGAUUGACAUUGAUUUCCAGGGCGCACCAGCUGGUUAUGGAGGGCUAUAACUGGUGCCACGAAUACACGAUCGUUACUAUUUUUUCGGCGCCGAACUAUUGCUAUCGAUGCGAUAACCAAGCUGCCAUUUUAGAGUUGGAUGAACGCAUGAAUCGUGCUUUUCUGCAAUUCGGCCCUGCGCCGAGGAGAAUCGAGCCUCACACUACAAGACGAACCCCGGACUACUUUCUUUGAGUAGCUGGAGGGUGGGUUUUCCUAGCAGCGCACAGGUGGGUUUGGAAGGGGGUGUAAUAGCGACUUUUAUCAUUCGUGUCGAGUCCAGAGAGCCGACACGUUUUUUUUGGGACGCGGGACUUGAACAGAGGUCUCGUGGUAGGAGUGUUUGGAGCUUUCGCAAGUACAUUUCAGCGGCGAGGACGAGAUGACCGCGCGUAGGGACUGCGAGGUGGCGAGGAAGCGAGUCGUGGUCGCGGGCCACACGUUUAGGCGUGAGGUAAGCUAUAAAUAAAAGAGCGUGGUUUUUACAAAUAUGGAA